UGUAAACUCGAUCGAUCAAAUUGAAGUUUCAAUCUCAACUGAAUCCUAUCCUAUCACAAACGAUUCGAAACUACAAAUAAAUCAGCAUCAUGGUCACCACUACCACCAAUGGAAAUCCAUCUUCAAAUAAAUCAAUCGAUAUUAAAAAUGAUGAUAAUCUUAAAAAAACAAGUUCUUUAAAAAGUUUUAUUUCAGGUGGAUUUGGUGGGAUCUGUUCUGUUUUAGUUGGUCAACCUUUUGAUCUAACCAAGACAAGAUUACAAACCGCUCCUCCUGGUCAAUAUACUGGAGCGAUGGAUGUAGUUCGAAAAACGAUUGCACGUGAUGGGUUUCUUGGGUUUUAUCGUGGAAUGAGUAGUCCUUUAAUCGGAGUCACUCCAAUGUUUGCCGUCUCAUUUUGGGGUUAUGCAAUGGGAAAGAAAUUAGUUUAUUCUUUUACACCUCAAAGAACUUCAACAGAUUUAAGUUAUAGUGAAUACGCCAUUGCAGGAGGUUUUAGUGCCUUACCUACUACACUGGUAGCAGCUCCGAUGGAAAGAAUCAAAGUUUUACUUCAAGUAGAUGGUCAAAGUACUUUACAAAAGUAUUCUGGACCUAUGGAUUGUGUUAAACAAGUUUAUAAAGAAGGAGGUUUAAAGAGUCUUUUUCGAGGAUCUAUGGCAACUGUAGCAAGAGAUGCACCAGGUAGUGCAGCAUAUUUUGUUGCAUAUGAAUCUGCUAAAAGAGCUUUAACUCCCAAAGGAUCCGAUCCAAAUCAAUUAAACCUAACUACGAUUUGUGCAGCAGGAGGUUUUGCUGGAAUCGCAAUGUGGUCAAUUGCCAUCCCACCCGACGUAAUCAAAUCAAGAUUACAAGCAGCACCUACAGGAACAUAUAAAGGUUUCUUAGAUUGUAUUCAGAUCACCAUUAAACAAGACGGAAUGAAAGCUUUGUUUAAAGGAUUUGGACCUGCGAUGGUUCGAGCUAUUCCGGCUAAUGCGGCUACUUUCUUAGGUGUUGAAUUAGCUUUGAUGACUUUGAAUAAGGUUGUUUGAUUUGAUUGAAUGGUUUUUGGGAAAGACUUUUUAUAAUAUAGAUAUGUAGAAGAAUGAAAAGGAGUUUUUUUCAUAGGGGUUUAAGAUGAUGAGGAUUCUAAUUAGCAAUCUUAAACAUUUGUAUGUAUGUAUUUCAUAAUUAAACAAAUGAAGAAAUCUUGAAAAAAAAGCAAAGAAAUGUAUGGUUUGAUGAUCUUUUUUGUAUUUUUUGGGGGGCUGAUGGUGGGGGUGUCAAUUGUAGUGUAGUGGUAUGUAAAUGACAAGUUUAGCAAAUUUAUUGUUCUUUUAAUUCUUGUAC